AUGUUUAUGAACGUUGGGAACUACAGAGAGUUCGGAGUACCACUGAAGGGUACAUUCACUGGACAUGAUUUUGAAGUAUUGGUCAAUGAAGCAAUACGACUAAUACUAGGUCAGACUGCGCCGAAUUAUUCGUUGGGUCCAUUUAACGAGAUUGAACGGAAAGGGUCUGUGAUCGUUCAAGCAUCUGACGUGAAUCUCAUUUGGGCAGCACUUUCGGUGUAUGGACGCUUUUUUGGCAAACCCAUCGCUUUGCAUUUUAAUUCGGUUGGCUUUUUAGCACGGUUUUACAUUUCGUUACCACGAAAAAAGCCACUAUCAUUUGAGGGGAAGCAUGCAUUCAUCACGGGUGGAUCGAAAGGGAUCGGAAAGGCAAUUGCCGUAGCCUUAAUACGGCGCGGUUGUUCUGUUUCUUUGGCUGCACGUAACGUAGAACAGUUGGAACUGGUGUGUAACGAAUUGAACGUACUCGCAAAAACCGAGAAAAAUGGUGCAGUUGCAAAAUAUUACAGUGUUGACGUUACUUCAACCUACAAUGUGCUGAAAACAGUGGUAGAAGAAGCGGAAAAUGAACUUGGUGAUAUCAAUAUUUUGGUAAAUAACGCGGGGUAUGCUAUGCAAGGCGCUUUUGAUUCGGUCGAUAUAUCAGUAUAUGAGGAGCAAAUGUGUCUGAAUUUUUUAAGUGCGGUUUAUAUGACUAAAGCAGUGGUGUCCAAAAUGAAGAAGUCUCGUGAGGGCCAAAUCAUUUUUGUGAAUUCUGCAGCCGGUCAAUGUCCGAUUUGGGGAUAUACUGCUUACGGAGCAACAAAAUUCGCAUUACGUGGUUUCGCUGAAGCAUUAUAUAUGGAAUUGCUUCCAUAUAACGUUCAAGUAUCGGUAAUCUAUCCUCCAAAUACAAAUACCGAAGGCUAUCAGCGUGAAAUAUUGACAAUGCCAGAAGAACUGAAAGAAAUCAGUGGUACCGCAGGACUAUUUAAACCAGAAACGGUUGCUGAAUGCCUCAUUUGUAAUCUUUCUCGUGGUAAUUAUCACACGUGCAUUGGCCUGGAAGGAAUGGCACUUGGAAUAUUGUCAGCGGGUGGUGCACCAGAGAAGAGCUUUUUGCAGGCUGCUGCACAGGUCAUUUGA